AUGUAUAGAAGAGUAAAGGAGGAACUUGAGAAAGUUACUAAUGAGAAUCAAGUAGGAAAACCAAUAGCAAGUAAUGAAGAGACUAUCAUUAAUAAAGAUGAUGUUGAGAAAGAGAAACCUUAUGUACCUCCACCUCCGUAUAAACCAAAGAUACCAUACCCUCAAAGACUAGUCAAAUAUAUGAAUGAGGGUCAUUUUAAGAAAUUCAUUGAGCUCUUAAAACAACUUCAUGUUACUAUACCUUUCACUGAGGCCAUUACUCAAAUGCACUCAUAUGCUAAGUUCCUAAAAAAGAUUCUGUCAAAUAAGAAGAAACUUAAAGAUGACGAGAUGAUGACACUCACUAUAGAGUGUAACACCAUUAUCCAAAACAACAUGCCACCCAAAUUGAAAGACCCUGGUAGUUUUUCUAUUCCUUGUAUAAUAGGCAGGUUUUUCAUUGAUAAGGAACUAUGUGAUCUUGGAGCUAGCAUCAGUUUGAUGCCUCUUUCUGUAUGUAAAAAACUAAAGUUAGGAGACUUGAGACCCACCAUGAUAUCCUUCCAAUUGGUAGAUCGUUUUGUUAAAUACCCUGUGGGAAUGCUGGAAAAUAUUCCAGUUCGCAUUGGCCAAUUCUAUAUACCUACAAGCUUCAUAGUGAUGGAUAUAAAGGAAGAUUAUAAUAUACCCAUCAUCUUAGGAAGACCUUUCUUGGCUACAACCAGUGCGAUAAUAGACGUGAAAUGA